GGUAACUAUCGCACGCGUCUCUUACAAAAAAAAAAAAAAAAAAGAAAGAAAGAAGUUUUUUUCGUUAAUAUAGUUUAUUUUCAUAUGCCUUCAAAGGUAAAGUGUAAAAUCAGUGAUCAGUGAAGAUUCGAAAAAUAUCGGAAGAGAAAAUAUCUUCGUUAGAUUUUUUAUAGUCCGACAAAGAAAGUUAGUGAAGUGUUUGUCGAUGAUAUUUCAGUCCCAGUGAAUAAAAAUAUAGUGAAGUGUUUCAUUGCAGGAAAUAAUUGUAGAUUAACGAAUUAAUCAUAAUAUUUCACUUUGUUCAUAAUAUUCCAAAAUAUCCGAUGUAUCCGGGUUGACUGCGAGUUUUCAAGGAUAACGGAUGGAAUAUUUGUUAACUGAUAUUAAGGAGGUAUCCGGGUUGACUGCGAGUCUUCAAGGAUAAUGUUACAAACUGCGGUUGGGAGGUUUUUAGUGAAAUAAAAAAUAAUGAAACCUUAAUGCUUCCGAGAGUAUUGAAAGCUGUAUUUACUACGCCUGAUAUAUCAGCGUUCGUGUCGGAUUAUUAUCUAUCGGACUAUUAGAAUGGUCAUGUGAACACAGGUUUCAAAUUCACUUAUGCACUGAAAUGUUGUUCAAAAAUGUGAAAACAUAAAUGAAUAUAUCAGAAUAUGAAGAUAAUAAGUUUGGCGAUACAGUUAUUGCUAGCGUAUACUUCGUUCGCAUGGAGCACUCUCACGCAUGUGGUGGAGAUAAGACAAGGCAAGCUGCGCGGCGUGCGCAGUGCGGGCGGACACAACCGGUACUACAGCGUGCCGUAUGCAACGAGCGAGAGAUUCCAGCCUCCAAAAACAGCACCAAAAUGGGAAGGGAUAUUCAACGCGAUAAGCCCAUUCAUAAGAUGUCCACAAAAAGUUUCGUUCUUCAUGUCCGGUAACGAAGAUUGCCUGUACCUCGAUGUGUACACCCCAGGGAUAUCAAGUUCCUUGAGCAAGUUUCCUGUCAUGGUAUUCUUGCAUGGCGGAGCGUACUUCAAAGGGAGUAAAGAACUAUACGAUCCGCAAUUUCUAGUCACGAAAGGCGUGGUGGUGGUAAUAAUUAAUUACAGACUCGGAGUGCUUGGGUUUUUGUGCUUGAACGGGAUCUCAAAUCUGGGCUUAAGAGAUCAAGUAGCAGCUUUGAAAUGGGUCAGAAGAAAUAUAGCGGCGUUUGGAGGUGAUCCUGACAAUGUAACUUUAUGCGGCCAAAGCGCCGGGGCCAGUUCAGCUUCAAUGCAUUUGUUAACAGAAUUAAGCAAAGGAUUAUUCCAUAAAGCGAUUCUAAUGAGUGGAACAGCGUUGUCAACUUGGGCUUUUAAUAUAGAGCCUUCGACAGCGGCAUUCGAUGACGCGAGUAAAAUCUCUACACCUUUGACAGAAACAGACGUGUUCCAUACUUUUGCUGAAGCCGAUUUAGAUUUGAUCUUAGAUGCGACGUAUGAUACUUCAGUAAAUCCACGGUUUUUCAAAUAUUCCCCGUGCGUUGAUGUAAAUUUCACUCAACCAUUUUUUAGAGACGCUCCUUUUAACAUUCUGAAAUCUGGGAAAUUUAACAAAGUGCCUCUAAUGAUAGGUUAUACUGAUAAGGAAGGUGGUUUUUUCUAUAGACUACUAAGUGAGGAUACAGUUAAUGAUUUAAGUGAUAACUUUGUGGAUAGAUUGCCUUGCGUUUUUUCGUGGUGUUCGAAGGAAGAGAGAAGGAAGAUUAGUGAAAUGAUGAGGUCGCAUUAUUUUGGAGAAGGUUAUCUAGAUUACAGAGCUUCAGUAACGGGUCUGAUCAACUACUUCUCAGACUGGAUAGCUUACGGAUCAAUAAACGCAUUUUCAAAAGUCAUGGCACAAUUUUCGGAUCAACCCAUUUUCAACUACCAAUUUUCGUAUGGAGGUGGAAGGGAUUUUGGAAAGUUCUUGGCUGGAACUGAUUUUAACGGAACUACGCAUGCCGGUGAAGUCUUCUAUAUUUUUAAACCGAUGGGAAUAACGUUGCCUCUGUCAAAGCAGGACGAAGAAAUGAUUGAUAGAUUGACAACAUUGAUAAAGAAUUUUAUGACUUUUGGAAAUCCCACUCCGAAGAGAAGCAAGCCGCUGCCACUGCGAUGGCCGCCGGCUAGCAACGACUCGUCCAACAUAUUCGUGAUCAACAAGAAGAUGUCAGUGAUCAAGCGACCGAGACGAGGUCAGAGGGGCGAGUUCUUCUUAGAGAUGCUGUGCAGCUAUGGGCAGAGCGGCUAUGUGCCGUGCGAGAGUAGGGCCAUGUGUACACAUAAAUAACAUUUUACUAGUUAGUACUUACGCACAAUAAAUUGAAAUUUAAAGAAAAUUAUAUUCACCUGAUUGUUUAGAAUAACAACGUAUGCCGGCUGCAGACCUUUAGUUUUAAUUGUACAGUCGAACUGUUCAGAUAAAUCGUUUUUCUAAUAGUUUUGAUUGAAAUUUCCAUUAAAUAAAACUGUAGAGUUAAAACUGCGCAGUUAAAAUUGCAGGUCUGUAGCCCGUAUGUUUUCUAUGUGUAUAGAAUGUUCAAGUAUUCAGAAUGUCCAUAUUUUAAAUAAAACUACCAAAUGUUUAUUGGGAUAUAGAAGACGAAAAAAAGGACAAGUGCAAAUAAUUAUUGUUUGUCAUAUAUCGAAAACUACACCAUAGUAGCAAUAAUGCUCAUUGCUCCUCUUUCAUACGACACCCCACAUUACGUGCUAAACUCUGUUCAAAAGUUUGUUUUUUUCACAGCUUCAGGGGAUGUAGACCUGAGAAUAAUAUUAUGGUUUUAAUUUUAACUCGAAACUUUCCCGCGUUCCCAAAAUAAAGGGUUCAGACGAACAGACAGACUACUAACCAGAUGGACAACAAAGUGAGUUUCGUAAUUUUCUUUUGAAAGACCCUGAAAUAAAUUAACUUUUUCUUCUGUUUGUUGAUUUGAUGACGCUUAACUAUUCAAUGAAUAUUUCUGCAGAUUUUGCCUCUAGGCACAAGAUAUCGUAUUGGGUUUGUUUUAACAAGAUCUCUUUUCAAAAUUUGUAUCCCAAAUGAAAUAUGUAUUAUAUUACUUGGGCUCUAGGCUAAAUAUUGUUAGUAAUAUAGGUUUAUAGUAAAUGUUGAUAACAUUGGAGAAAUAACGAGGUUAUGUUGUACAAAUAUGUAGACGCGUUCUACCAAAAUUCAAAUGAAAUAAGAUUUCAUUCUAACUACGAAAUACAUGAGCUUGUUACUUUUAACGAUACUUUUUCUUGACAAGCAAUGUUAGAUCCAGACAAAUUCUGUUUAGUGACUAUUUUCUAGGCUAUCAUAAUACUGUUUAUAUUUAUACUCGUAGGUAUAUUAAUUAAACUCAAUUUUUUUCAAGAUGGUUUGGUAGACAGGCGGGUUUUUGUGGGGAACCAUAGCUUUUAAAACAUUUAGGUUGAACCUGAGCGUACGAGUAGUAAUUAUUAGUUCAAAUAAGGUAAGUUUUUUGUUGUAUUGUAAAUAGUUUGUGUUCUGACGCUACGUACUUUGCUACUUAUCUAGCUUAUGGCCUGAAUAGUAUUUACCUGACAGUAAGUACUGGUCAUGGUCACUGUCCAGUAUUCUGAUUAAGUAUCUAAUAAAUUUAUUUUCAGUUUAUUUCAAGUAGGUUAACAGUUUGCAUUACUAAAAGGCAGAAUCUACUAAGAAGAAUCGGUAGGAUACUUAGCAGCUGUACCUACGUAUUAAAAAAUUAAGCUUUACA